CAGGAGACGGGCAUGGAGAACCGUGCCUCGUCGGACGGCACAACACGUCGCCUGGGGAAGGAACCGCUUGGUCAAAAACGGGGUUUCAUCGCGCUUCCGGACUAUGAUGGAUCGGACCGACGUGCAGCAGGACUGUUCCGGGGCCGUUGGGAACACAGCCGAAAGUCUUCCAGGGGGCCAAGGGAAAGGGAGGGGCUCUUGGAAAGACGGCUCGUAGGUAAUGCGCCAAGUAGGUGGCCACGAUAUAAAGGAAUGCGGUGUCUCACUCCCACCCGGGGGGCAGGCCUCAUUGAAAAGCCUGCCCAGUGACGGACCUCCACAUCCUGGCAACGACAAGCAUCUUUUCGCAUGAUGAAAUCGUCUGCGGCGCUCUGCGCAGCGCUGGCGCUGGCGGCUGCGAACGCACUCGGCCUGUCUGACCCAGGCGGCAGGCCGUAUCAAAUCAUCAGCGAGCCGGAGAAGCGGGCGCUUCAGGACAUCGUCACCUGGGAUGAGCACUCUCUAUUCAUCCGCGGCGAGCGCGCAAUGAUGUUCUCAGGCGAGUACCAUCCGUUUCGCCAACCGGUACCAUCGCUCCACCUGGACGUCCUGCACAAGAUCAAGGCCAUGGGCUUCAACAUGGUGUCGUUUUACGUUGACUGGGCGCUUCUUGAGGGCAAGCGAGGCGAGUUCCGUGCCGAAGACAUCCACGACCUGGAGCCGUUCUUCGAGGCGGCCAAGCAGGCGGGCAUCUACCUCCUCGCCCGCCCCGGACCGUACAUCAACGCAGAAGUGAGCGGCGGAGGGUUUCCCGGCUGGCUGCAGAGGAAUACCGGCGUCCUCAGGACAGACUCGGGCGACUUCCUCGGCUCUACUGACAAGUGAGUUGGCCCGCUAAGAAGAUGCGCGCUGGUCGAUGCGCGCUUUAUUACUGACCGAACUUGCCUACAGCUAUAUGGCGCGCGUUUGCGGCAUCAUCGCCAAGCACCAAAUCACCAACGGGGGUCCUGUCGUGCUCUUCCAACCGGAAAAUGAGUACAGCUACGGCUACAAGAUCCCGUUUCCGAAUGGCAAGUACAUGCAGUACGUGAUCGAUCAGGCUCGGAGAGCGGGGAUCGUCAUGCCAAUGAUCAACAACGACGUUGGUCCGUACGGUUACUACGCGCCGGGAAGUGGCACGGGCCAGAUGGACAUCUAUGGUCAUGACAAUUACCCUCUUGGGUUCGACUGUGACAAACCGUCCGAUUGGCCGGCAGGGAAGUUGCCAACAGACCUGCACCAACGGCACGUCAAGCAAAGCCCAACGACACCGUAUGCCAUCAUCGAGUUUCAAGGAGGCUCUUACGACCCGUGGGGCGGGUCUGGGGUUGACCAGUGUGCGGCCCUCGUCAAUCACGAGUUUGCCCGCGUCUUCAAUAAGAACAAUCUCGCUGCCGGAGUGACCAUCUUCAGCCAAUACAUGGUCUACGGCGGGACGAACUGGGGUAACCUCGGACACCCGGGUGGCUACACGUCCUACGAUUAUGGAGCUGCCAUCAAGGAAAACCGAGUCAUCGACAGAGAAAAGUACUCGGAGCUCAAGCUCCAGGGCGAGUUUCUCAAAGUGUCCCCCAAUUAUCUCCUCACCGUUCCGGGAGACCUUAGCACCACAUCCUAUAGCGACAACGCCGCGAUCGCCAUUACGCCGCUCACCGCAGACAAGACUGGCGGUUUCUUUGUCUCUCGUCAUGCCGACUAUUCGAGCACGGAUUCAGUCUCGUAUAAGCUCAAGCUCCCCACAUCGGCCGGCGUCGUCACUAUCCCGCAGAUUGGCAACUCGACGCUCACGCUAGGCCGGCGCGACUCCAAGGUCCACGUCACAGAUUAUGUUGUUGGACCUGACCAUAAGCUGCUCUAUUCGUCAUGCGAGAUUCUCACAUGGAAGAAAUUUGGGAACAAGACUCUGCUCAUCAUGUACGGUGGACCCAACGAAACACAUGAAUUUGCAUACGACGGUAUUCCUCCCUCUAGUCAGAGCGAUGCCAGCAGCGUCACCGUCCGUGUAUCAGGCGGCAAAACGUUGGUCCAGUGGCACACGGCACCACAGCGACAGUCUGUCAACAUUGGUAGUCUCACGGUCUAUCUCAUUGAUCGCAAUGCGGCGUAUGACUACUGGGUUCCCGUGCUGCCCGCCAACGGGAGCGCAUAUGGCAGCUCCGUCAUGAAUCCUGAAGCCGUCAUCAUUAAUGGCGGCUACCUCGUUCGCUCCGUUUCCGUCGACGGCGCCACGCUCAACGUAAAGGCAGAUUUUAAUAAGACGACUGAGAUGGAGGUGAUUGGGGCGCCGAGCGGCACGUCCGAGCUGCGCGUGAACAGCAAGGUGACGCAGUACACGAACAAUUCCUUGGGAAACUGGGUUGCGAAAAUCACCGUGAACGCCCCGUCGUUCCCGAUCCCCGAUCUCGACCACGUGGAGUGGCACAAGAUUGACUCCCUGCCCGAGAUACAACCCGGCUACGACGACUCGCACUGGCCCACGGCAGACCACACGUCGAGCAACAACACAGUCGAGCCGCUCAAGACACCCGUCUCCCUGUAUGGCUCCGACUACGGCUUCAACACGGGAACGCUUGUCUUCCGGGGCCACUUCGCCGCCAGCGGCGCCGAGACGCAGCUCAAGCUCACGACCAAGGGCGGCAGCGCCUACUCGUACGCCGUGUGGCUUAACGGCACCUUCCUCGGCUCGUACAGGAACGACGAGGCCUCGGACUACAACGACGGCGCCUUUUCCCUCGGGGCCAGCCUCAUCGCCGGGACUAGCUACGUCCUCACCAUCGUCGUCGACAACAUGGGCCUCAACGAGGACCUCAACUCGGGCACGGACGAUAUGAAAUCCCCGCGCGGCAUCCUCAACUACGAGCUCGUCUCCUCAGACAGCAACAGCAACAGCAGCGGCGCGACAACGAAGAUAUCUCCCUGGAAGAUUACGGGCAACCUCGGCGGCGAGUCGUACAGCGACCGCUUCCGCGGACCCCUCAACGAGGGCGGCCUCUUCUUCGAGCGCCAGGGCUACCACUACCCCUACCCGCCCCUUGACAAGUUCUCCUCCAACGGCCAGGGCAGCCGCCCCAUGGACGGCCUCGACAGGCCCGGCCUCGCCUUCUACACCACCCUCGUCACCCUCAACCUCCCCGCCGACGAGUACGACAUCCCCCUGUCCAUUGCAUUUGGCAAGAGCGACGACGCCAACGCAAAGGCUUACCGCGCCAUCCUCUACGUCAACGGCUUCCAGUUUGGCAAGUACGCAUCCAACAUCGGUCCCCAGACCGAGUUCCCCGUUCCCGAGGGCAUCCUCAACCACCGCGGCGACAACUGGAUUGGCGUCGCCGUCUGGGCUCUCGAGGAGGGUGGCGCCAAGGUUCCCAUCCUCAAGAUCAAGGCUAGCACUCCCGUCUUGACCGGUAGGGAGACGGUCCAUCUGGUUCGCGGGCCAAAGUACACCACACGCGAGAGUGCAUAUUGAGGUGCUCGGUCUGGUGCCUAGUCUCGCGCGGUCAAACGUGCAUAUAUGAAAAGCCUGAGUAUAUAUACGAGGUGCACUCUUGAAGUUGACACGACGCUGUAUGAAUUUGAAUGGCAAUCAUCUACGGCUC